GCGACGAGGACACGACGUUGCCGUUGCCUUGGCAGCAUUACCCAGCUCUUGCUGCUUAUUGUUAUAUAUUUUCAUAGUCCUUACUUGACUUUUGCUUCUUCUUUUUUUGAUGGUUGGGUUCUUUCAUGACUAUCUACGACAGUAUGCCAGGUGGAUAAUUUAUUAACUUUUAAAAAUGGAAAAAAUAUGCAUAAUAAUAAUUCAGGGCACUCCUUUGAAAGUUUUUCUAAGUUGUCAUGCCAGACUACAUUUAUCAGUCAUGAGGAUCCAUGGUGAAGGAAAUUAAAUAAGCGUCAUCCAACUGCAAUAGUGGCAUCUCGCCAAACUCCAGGCCAACUGAACCGGAACCCACCUGACCAAACCAUGCACACUACGUAUAUCCGCACCUAGCACAAUCAAUUCUUAUUUAUUCAUUAGCUCAUUAACCAAAUGACUGUGGAGCAUUGUCACCUUCUGUUUGUUCGUGCAAACAUUUACUCUGGCUUUUUCCGACGAAAGAUUUUGGCAAACACAGUCAGAGCGAAAAUAGAGUUUGGUUUAGUCGCGUGAUAGUCCAGCUUACAAUCUCGAAUUUCACUUUCAUUCGGGGCAAAUACUCGUAUUUGUCUUGCGCAAAGAGACAGAAGAGGUAACUACUAUAAAAUCGAGUGGACCAGUUGGGUCCAGGGCAGUCAGUUCCCGAGACAUCAAUCUGUCAAUGCACAAGCAGCAUAAUGAAGUUCUUCGCUCUGCUCGUCUGUUGCCUGCUGGUCCUCAGCUUUAGCUCUCCGAUGGAGGGACGCCUCUUUCUUACCAAUCGCAGCGGCAUCUUCUGUGUGUGGACCGCAAAGAGAUCCUGCUCCAAGACCACGCCCGUGUGUGUCGUUUUGCAAUUAACCGCAUCUAAUGGCGUUAUCACCACCACCUGUAAAUACUAUCGCAGCGAGUGCCAGUACAGCAUCGAUUCUUGUUUGGGAAAAACGGCGUAUGGCCAAAGUGGAGUCGUAGAUACUACUGGGGCAACCUGUUUGGGGACUACCCCUCUGGGAGGAACCAGCGCUUGCUAGAGAAGAUAUUCAUUCCAUCAACUAUGUAUAGAUAAUUAUCCUAAGCUAUAACGAUUAUAAAUUUCAUAUUUAUUGUCUCUACUAAAGGGUCAAAAAGGGACAUUUAUUCAUUUUAUGAUUGUGGCAGACACAUCGAAAGCGUCCUGGUUUUUGUCAUUCAAUCCUGCCCCUAAGCAGAGCUUGGAAAUCGUUUAUUUAAAUAGUUUGCAACUCUUUUGGCAUUUUAUGACCCUCCUCCAAACACACACACUCGCACGUAGAGCUCGUCCUAUCGCCAUGAUGUAUGCUAUCAAGUGGUUCCCUUCGUCCUUUUUUAAUUGCAAUCGCAUAAAUUGCACUUUUUGUGUGUGUAGGGGGAAAACGAGCAGGGAAUUAUGGUUAUGGUCACGCAGACAAUGUAAAUUUAUAGAGCUUUUGCUUUUUAGUUUGCCAUUUUUUUCGCCAUUUUUCGUUGUUGGACAAAGCAAGCGGACGUGAGUGGCGAACGCCUGCGGAUGCAAUUAGAAUGCCAGAAAAGAAAUCCAUGCACA